AUGCCGCCCAAACAGAAGCGCAAGUCCGCGGCUACGGCCGAGCCCAGCGACUCGGGACGCAAGAGGACAAAGACGGAGCAGAACGGCAGCGCAUCUUCCGACCCGUUACGCCAGCCGCAUCCUUUCCACAAGGACGCCGAGAAGCAUGGAAUCGUUCUUCGAAAGUUCUAUCCCCACGAGAUGAGCAACGACCGGGCCCGGGCCUACGUCAACGACGAGAUCCCACGGCCUAUCGAGGAGCUAACCGCCGCCCUCGAGGAGACGUCCAAGGCGCGCAAAGCCGUCAAGCCAAAGGAUGCCGUGGUACACUGGUUCAAGAUGGAUCUCCGCACGACGGACAACCGGUCACUGUCCCUUGCCAGCGAGAAAGCCAAGGAGGCCGGGGUCCCGCUGAUCGCCAUGUACAUCAUCAGCCCGCAAGACUUCGAGGCUCACCUCACAGCCCCCAUCCGCGUCGACUUCAUGCUGAGGACCCUGCAUGUUCUGAGGGAGGAUCUUACCAAACUCGACAUCCCACUCUACGUCGAGACCGUUGAAAAGAGAAAGAGAAUCCCCGACAGAAUCGCCGAGCUUAUGGGCCAAUGGGGAGCCAGCCACUUGUUUGCCAACAUGGAGUACGAAGUGGACGAGCUCAGGCGGGAGGCAAAGAUGGUCCGCAUGUUUGCGGACAAGGGCCUCUCAUACGAGGUUUUGCACGAUACGUGCGUAGUCCCGCCAGGGCAGUUGACGAGCGGAUCCGGCAAACAGUACGCCGUCUACUCUCCCUGGUUCCGCGCCUGGGUGCGCCACGUCCACGAGAACUUGGACCUUUUAGAGCUCUACGACCCCCCCGCGAAGAACCCAGUCAGCGCGCGAAAGAAGUUUGGAGAGCUGUUCGAUACGGAGAUCCCGGAAGAGGUGGAGGGCAGGACCUUGAAAGACGAUGACAAGAAACGGUUUAGAGCUUUCUUCCCGCCAGGGGAGCACGAGGCACGGAGCCGUCUGGAGAAGUUCUGUGAGGAAAAGGUUGGCCAGUAUCACAACAAGCGCAACAUCCCCUACGACGCCGGGACCUCGACUCUCUCAGUGCACCUGGCCAGUGGAACCAUCAGUUCGAGGACGUGUGUGCGCUACGCGCGAGACCGGAACAAGACCAAAAAGCUGGACGCGGGCAACGAGGGCAUUCGAGUGUGGAUCAGCGAAGUGGCGUGGCGAGACUUUUACAAGCACGUCCUGGUGAACUGGCCCUUCGUGUGCAUGAACAAGCCCUUCAAGCCCGAGUACGCAAACAUCGAGUGGUCUUACGACAUGGAUGACUUCAAGGCAUGGCGCGAUGGCAAGACGGGCUUCCCCAUCGUCGACGCCGCGAUGCGCCAGAUGCACGAGAUGGGCUGGAUGCAUAACCGAUGUCGCAUGAUCGUCGCCUGCUUUCUCGCAAAAGACCUGCUCAUCGACUGGCGCAUGGGCGAGCGCCACUUCAUGGAGAACCUGAUUGACGGCGACUUUGCCUCGAACAACGGCGGCUGGGGCUUCUCCGCGAGCGUGGGCGUCGACCCGCAGCCGUACUUCCGCAUCUUCAACCCACUACUACAGAGCGAGAAGUUUGACCCUAACGGAGACUACAUCCGGAAGUGGGUGCCUGAGCUCAAGGGGGUCAAAGGAAAAGCUAUCCACGAUCCGUACGGUCGCGGCGCUGGGGCGCAGGCGAAGAAGGCCGGUUACCCUGAGCAGAUGGUAGAGCACAAGGGGUGUCGCGAGCGGGCGUUAUCAGCUUACAAGCGCGGGCUGGAUAGAGACGACUUGUAG